AUGAGCCGCGCAAGACAGGAAUCCCUCGAAAAGCUAAAGAACUGGGUGCUCGGACGAAAUUCACAAAUCACAAAGUUGGCCCAAGGUCAAGGCAUCGGUUCUCGUCUUGAUCAUAGCGAAGAAUUUGAGAUAGAUGGAAAGAAAUACAGAAGAUUCAAAUGGAAAAUCAACAAAAAAGCAGCGAACGCGACUUUGAAAGAGCUGGCAAACAAAGACUCCCACAAGGUCUGGGCCGAGGCAGACGUUCCAGUUGAUUCUGAUGCAUCGAAUGCAUCCGAUGAGGGUUGA